AUGCAGGUGCUCGGCAACAAGGAUAGGGAAUGGUGGAAGGAGUUCAAGCAAUGGGCUGGGCUGCUCGAUAUACAAUAUUAUGAACACGUGUGGUGCGAUCCAGUCAUCUCACCCAGUGGGCCUCACAUAGUGGUUCCCAAGAGGGGGAAGCUGGAGCUGCGUUGCCACGACAAUGCCACAACACCUGGGACCCCAUCCAGCUUGAGGUGGCAGCGGGAGAGGGCUCGCAGGCUGGAGGGAGAAGUGGAAGAGGGUGGAGUGGCUUAUGUCAAGGUGCCAUCAGUGCAGGCCUUACACAUGGGUCGUUAUGUGUGUGUCAACAACAGCACACUGGAGCACAGCUCCAUCUACGUUUAUGUGAAAGAUCCCCAGAAUGCCUUCCAGCGCACCAUGGUGAACGUCAUUCUGGUGCGUGCAGGUGAGAACUGCACCAUCCCCUGUCUUGUGACCGACCCUGAGGUCACUCUCCUGGCUUUGGAGACCUGUGAUGGACGACCUUUGCCCUUCAGUAUGAGUUACCACAGCAACCUCCAGCGAGGCAUCAUCAUCAGCAACGUGAGAAAGGAAUAUGAGGGCUGUUACGUAUGUGUGGGGCAGCUUGGUGGACUCAAAGUCACGUCUACCCAAUACACUGUGGAUGUACGACUUGUUCCAGUGGUGCCCCCAGUGAUCACACUGUCCCAGAAAGACACCGUCAUCUUGAGGAAAGGAGAGCGGUUUGAGCUUACCUGUAGCUCCACCAAUGUCAACCCAGACUUCAGUCUCAAGUGGGACGUCCCUUCAACAGCGCAUCCUGAGGAAUCUCAGGCCUCACACAUCCUGUCUGGCUCACGUGGUUAUCAGCGAGCCACCUCGCUCUUGAUCGCAGCUGUCAACCAAUCAGACUCAGGCACCUACCGCUGCUAUGCCCACAACGAGAGAGGCACCAGUUCUACAACACUGCAACUGGACAUCCGCAAUCAGGGGUUCAUCACCAUGUUAGGAAGUCCCGGUCCAGUCCAGGCAGAUGUUAAAGAGGGGGAGAGCCUGAGCCUCAGGGUAGAAUUAGAUGCCUAUCCUUCACUCAGCUCCCUGUUUUGGUCUUACAAUGACAAGCGGCUCCUCAACACCACAGAGCACGUCAUCACUAUCCACCGCCGCAAAUACAGAUACAUCACUGAGCUGAGACUAGUGAGGGUUCUCGGCUCAGAAGGCGGGAUCUAUAAGUUCUCAGCCAGUCAUGAGGAUGCAUCUGUCGAUCAUUCGUUCCACGUGUACGUCAACAGUAAGCCUGUUAUCAUCGCCCAGGAGGGGCCUGUUGAUGGACAGGUGCGGUGCAUUGCUGCAGGUUACCCAGUACCUAAAAUCAGCUGGUAUUUGUGUGAGCUGCCCCACACAAGGUGCUCACACCUGCCCAAUGCCACCCAAUUGGAGACUCCGGACGUCGCCAUGGUGACAGAGUCUGCGUUUGGUAAGAGUGAGGUGGAGAGCCGACUGAACAUCAGCAAGGAGCACGCACACUACCACACCCUCGAGUGUGUGGCGAGUACGGAGGGGGAAGAGGCCUACACACUUUUCCUCAUCAGUGAACGCAUUGUCCCCCACAAACUCUUCACUCCUCUCCUAACUGGCAUGGUGGCUACUGGCGUCUUACUCAGCCUCAUUCUACUGGUGCUGCUCUAUAAGUACAUGCAGAAACCAAAGUUUCAAAUUCAGUGGAAGGUCAUCGAGAGUAUCCAUGGCAACAACUAUAUUUACAUUGACCCCACCCAGCUGCCGUAUGACUCCAAAUGGGAGUUUCCUCGACAGAAACUGCGCUUUGGUAAAACCCUGGGCUCUGGGGCUUUUGGAAAGGUGGUGAGGGCCACAGCGUAUGGACUCUGCUCUGCAGAUACCGUUACAACUGUUGCUGUUAAGAUGCUCAAACCCAAUGCUCAUGCCACGGAGAAGGAGGCGCUGAUGUCAGAGCUGAAGGUUCUCAGUUACCUUGGAAACCACGUGAACAUUGUUAACCUGCUGGGAGCCUGCACCAUCGGAGGCCCAAUUUUGGUGAUCACUGAGUACUGUUGCUAUGGCGACCUCCUCAACUUCCUGCGCAGAAAGAGAAAUUCCUUCCUUAAUUCCCAAGUUGGUGAUGGUUACUAUCGCAACGUCUUGAACCAAACUGAGCCAACAAGGUAUGUGACUGGUACAGGAUAUAUGCCCAUGCGACCCUCUGAGAAAGACCGGUCUUCACAGUCAGAUGAUAUUGAUGAAAUGUCUCUGGACGCUGAAGAUCUCCUCAGCUUCUCCUACCAGGUGGCCAAAGGAAUGGAGUACAUUACUUCCAAGAAUUGUAUUCACAGGGAUCUUGCAGCCAGAAACAUUUUGCUGACUCACGGCAGGGUGGCAAAAAUUUGUGACUUUGGGUUGGCACGAGACAUCACCACUGAUGCCAGCUAUGUCCUCAGGGGCAAUGCUCGUCUGCCGGUCAAGUGGAUGUCUCCCGAGAGUAUUUUCGACUGUGUCUACACCUUUGAGAGUGACGUGUGGUCCUACGGCAUCCUGCUCUGGGAAAUCUUCUCUCUGGGUAACAGCCCGUACCCUGGGACGCAGGUGGGCUCAGCAUUUUAUAGGAUGAUUCAAGAGGGCCACAGGAUGAGUAGGCCUGAGUUUGCUCCCAUUGAGAUGUACGACAUGAUGCUGUCCUGCUGGAACCACGAUCCUUUGAAAAGGCCUUCCUUUAGGAAACUGGUGGAGAGGACUGAACUACUGCUGUCUGAAAAUACCAAGAACGUUUACCUGACGCUGAGCAACGCCCCAAUUCCUCCAGAGCAGCAGAGGGCGUCAUCACGGAGGCUGAGCUCUGUCUGCAGCACGACAGCACCCACCCAGCCUUUACUGCAGAGCACGGCUGAUGUCUUCCUGGACUAUGUCUGA